UAUUUUCUCACAUUUGCGCCUGGUUAAUUGGGGCAAUAGUCACUCAUACUGGCAUCCGUCUCUUUUCUGCAAUAAGUGAGGAAGAGAAUCGAGUCCCUUCUGUUUUCAGCGUCUAUUUCAUUGACAGAGUGAUGGAUCAACAGAUCAAAACAGAGUUUACUCAAAAUGGCUUUGCGCUGGAGGAUGAGGAAGAUACAUUACAGAAAUGUCUUACAUUCUGCAUCAACUUUGGGCUUAAACCUUCAGAGUUGGUAUCCAGUUGGGAGGUCUAUUAUUUGAACAUGCAACUGGAUGGAUGCAAGGUACUGAGCUCACAUUUAGAUGGUUUUCGUCAGCAUUUGCAAAAUGAGCAGAAACAAUCUUUACAAAAGCAAGACACAGAUUUGCACUUCUAUUCCAGUAAUGACAUUGACAUGUUACUAGAAAAUGGGCAUGAAAGUAAUGAUGACGAUACCCAAAAUACUCCAGUUAAACAAUCCAUCAGGUCAACUGGACAUGGUACCCCAGAUUUGUUUUCUCCAUUUGCACUUGCUAAAACUCCUGGUACAGAUGGAAAAUCUUCUGGGAAAUACAGGUCCAGAGUCAGGAGUAGUAGUCCAGUUACUCCUUUUGGGAAUCGAUCAAACAAGUACGUGGUGCAGUUUGUGUUCAAUAAGGACAUUUCAGAUGGAUCUACAGAGGACAAAGCAGCUGAGCCACAAUCUGAGGAUGAUGUGAUAAGAAGGAUGCCACCAGUGCAAAGGUACUCCUUACAAAUGUUAGGUUCAUGGCCCACUCCUAGAUGCCGUUACAUGUACGACAGCAUCGAAGAGAAGUUUGAGUCUUUGGAAAGGAGAAUCAAAAUGUUUGCCUCUGCGUUAGCUGCCAAGGAAGCUCACAAUUUUUCCAGUAAUGUUGCUCUUGCAUCGCAGGAAAGUGUGUUUGUGGUGGGACUAGUUUGUUGUGAUGGUGAAGGCCACCUGAACGAUAAGUCUAUUAUGCUUGAAGGCAGCGUCGAGUUCUCUGGAGGUCAAACAGUGAGACUUGACCUCCACAAGUUGGAUGGAUUUUCUUUCUUCCCUGGUCAGGUGAUUGGAGUUGAAGGAAAUAAUCCCAGUGGACACUGUUUGGUUGCAUCAAGGUUGUUUGAUUCAUUUCCUACUUCAUAUCCCCUUCAUCUAGGUGAUUCAGAUGCACCUUCAGCAAAACGGCUAGCAGUGGAUAGAAACUCAACAAUUACUUCUUUACCUAGAACUCAAAAAUCAAUUUCAAUGUUGAUAGCUGCAGGUCCUUUCACAACUACAGACAACUUGGAUUUUGAACCAUUAAUAGACUUGCUUGCAUAUGCACGGAAAAAACAACCUAAUCUGCUUCUUCUGAUGGGUCCUUUUAUUGAUUCAGAUCAUCCACAGAUAAAAAUUGGAACCGUAGACAGAUUAUUUAGUCAAAUAUUCCAGGAAGAAGUUGGUGCAAGGCUACAAGAAUAUUGUGAAGAGAUGGGACCUGGUGCUCGUGUUGUGCUUGUGCCGUCUACUCGUGAUGCACACCAUGAUUCUGUAUUUCCACAGCCGCCAUUUAACAUAGAUGCUUAUGAAGAUUCAAAUCAGCAAAUAACCUGCAUUGCAAAUCCAGGGAUUUUCUCUUUUAAUGAGAUUACCAUUGGUUGUUGUACGGUAGAUAUCCUACGACAUCUUAGCAGUGAGGAAAUCUCACGGAUCCCUGAAGGUAGCUCCAAUGACAGGCUUGCAAGGCUUGCAACUCAUGUCCUAAAGCAGCGAAGCUUCUAUCCACUUUUUCCGGCAGUUUCUGGAUUGAAUUUGGACCUUUCUGUGGCACCAGAGGCUUUGCACAUGCUCUCAAUCCCUGAUCUUCUUAUUUUACCCUCUGAUCUUGCAUCAUUUGUGAAGGUUUUGCACCUAGCUGACGCCAUUCAAAAAACAGAAUUGGGCCCAUCACAAAAUGGCAGUCAUGAGGAUUUCACACAUCGUCAAUAUGUCUGCGUUAACCCUGGCAGGCUGGCUAAGGGUAUCAAUGGCGGUACAUUUGCCGAGCUCUUUAGUCAGGGAAAAAAUACUGAUUCUACCGUAGCAGAUGCAACAGACUGUAUUACAGAUAGAACCAAAAUUUCCAUUGUGCGCAUUUGAUAUGGAUAUGUGCACAUUUACAUAAUUUGUUCUCAGUUCUUUCGAGGACUUUGUGUUUAUACGAGUCAAUUGAAUCUGAUUCCCUGAAUGCGAGAUUGACCAAACUGUUCAAUUUCUGUCGGUUUGGUCCAGAGCAUAUCAAACUUUAGGUGGAUUGCCCACUUUCGCCAUAAGAUUUAUCGUCACCAAUGACAUAAUAAUGUUAAUAUCCAGUUGUACUGUCUGUAGAACUACUUAUGCCAAGGGCAUCUCUCUCUCAUUUUACAUCAAGAGCUCAAGUAUGCUUGUGAAGGAAAGGAUCAAGCCUCAAAGAACAUGCUACAGGAGUCCACAGGUUCAUGAACCUGUUGGCCCAAAGAAUUUAGACCUGUUUCACCACGAACAUGCAUGUAUAUGAUAUUGUUAUUUGAAAAAUGAUAACGAUGCCAAAUCAGUUAUCAAGUUUCAGGCUGGUGCAUGGAGUAUGCUUUAAAGCCUUCUCAUAAAUUUGACAAUAAUGUAGUGCAUAGAAGAGAAGAGCAAGGACACGGUAAAGAAAUAUUUGGUUUCAAUUUUGAGACUUGACAAUCAGAAUAGAGAAUGUAAUGUUAUGUGCAAGGUCAUAAUUAUCUCAGUUUGGCUCAGAAAGCUAUUACUGGCCCAUUUCUUAUAGCAGGACAAGAUAAAUAUAAUGCUCGUAUCUUUUUCAUUUGA